UCCUAACGUUCAGCCACAUAACCUAAAAAAAAAACAAGUCGAGAGCACCUUAAAUCUCACUAUCCGGUGAAAAGCGACAAAAGAAUAAACAUUCAACAGCGAUAGAGAGAUCUCCGGUCGGACAUCGACCGACAACGACAGGCAGGAAAUGGAUUCCGAUGUCAAGGAGAACCUCGACCAGUCCAUUCGCUUGCUGAGCCAGCAGAGUAGUCAGCGGAGAACGUUUUUAAGAUUAAGCGGCAAGAGUAACACCCCGAAGAGGAUAUCUCUGCAGGUAGCUGGUCAGUCGCGAAAGGAUGCCGAUGACGGUAGGCAAACGCUCGGCGAGGCAUACAGUCCAGGGCCGGUCGACAGAUCCUCGGGAUCCAGGCUGAAAGUUCAGAAUAUCGAGCUUGAGACGUCGUUGACUCUCGCGCCCCACGAGAUCCGCGAUAUAAUGAUGCGUUCGGAGAGGAACGACAUCACGAUCAAGGAAAUGAUGGAGGAUAGCACGGCGACCGGGGCGAUCCUAAAGGCAAACGAACCAUGGCGGGAAGCCAAGGCCAAGCUCUACUAUGACUUCCUGCAGAGUGUGCAAGUGCACUUCUCGGAGGCACAGGUAUUCGACACUAUCGCGGAUUUUAUACAAAAUUGCACUGACACGUUGGACAUAAUGAGAGGUAUGCAGUCUAAAGUUGAGAAUACGGAAAUAGCAGAAGAGGAACUUUCUUUGGAAAGUGAGAGAAACACAUGGAGAUUGAUAUACUGCCUUUAUCAAAACCGUAUAAGUAGCGCUGGUUUGUCUACUCAAAUGGAACAUGAUGGAAUAAUAAACAACAAUUACAUCUCUGAGAAGGAUGUUAUAGAAAAUUUGUUCAAAUCUGAGAGUUAUAUCAGAGAAUAUCAAUUGAUUAUCGAUUGGUUAGAAAAGAAUGCUUUGGAUCAAGCAGACAAAUGUCCAUCGAUAGAACUCUUUACUGAUAAAACGGUGGCUUGGGAAAAUACAGUUCAUCAGUUACAUAAUCAAAAGUUAGGAAUUGCGUUUAGUUCGUCCAGACCACUAGUAUCAUCGCUUGAUCCUGAUGCGCCAAUACGGGAAGGUAAACCAUUACAUGAUCUGGAUAGAGAAGAUGACGCCAGACUCGAAAAAAGAAUGUUCAUAGAGGUCCGAUGUGGACGUCUUCAGAAAGCACAAGAAUUAGCCAAGCACUGUGGUCAACCUUGGAGAGCUGCAUGUUUAUUAGGAUGGAUUCCUAAUCAUGAUCCAAAUUAUAGUAAUCCAUUGACAGACACGAAAUUGCCAAUCGAAGGCAAUCCUAAUAGAAGUCUUUGGAAAAUUUGCGCUUGGGAACUAUCUCAAGAUAAACGUAUAGGUGUAUUCUAUCGUGCUAUAUAUGCAAGUCUCUGUGGCAAUGUUCAGCUAUUACUACAGAUAGCAUCAUCUUGGCAAGAUGCAUUGUGGGCAUACGUGAAGACCCUUCUAGAUAUCAAAGUCGAAUCAACACUGCGAUUAAUGAUGGUGAAAAUUUAUACAUCUAUGCCGGAUGAAUAUUGGAAGAAUGAAAUUUCUUUAGAAGACGCGUUCAAAGAGUUGCAUGCGUCAAAGAAUCCAUUAAUACGUGCACAAUCUAACAAACCCGAUCAUUUAAUUCAAAAAUAUGUAAUAUUAGAUCAAAUACCAAAAUUAAUGGAAGAAAUCGAAACUAUGAUAGAUGUUGGCACCUGCGAUCCACAGUUCCUGAGAUUUCUGGCGCAUUUAAUAUUAUUCUUCAGACAGAUUGGAAAAAGUACAAAGGAUAAAGUGGAAGACAAAGUAUUGUUAGCAUAUGUUCGUGUUCUUAUUGAAAUGGGCGAUCCAACUUUAAUCGCGUUCUACACGGCAACGUUGCCUCAAGAGGAUCAAAUAACCAACUACGCUUCUUAUUUGGAGAGAGUUAAAGAUCACGAAGAGCGUAAAAAAUGUUUAAGUGCUGCGGAAAAAGCGAAUUUGAAUGUAGAAGCGAUCACGAAAUUGGUAGUGAAGAAUAUACGUAAGAAAAACAUAGAAUCUGACCCAAUGGAUUUAAAAGGAACCGUCACUGAUGCAGACAUGGAGAAGAUUGAUGCACUCGACUGGUUGAUUUUCUAUCCAAGUCAGAGAGAAGAAGCUCUAUGGCAAACCAACGCACUCAUUAGAUAUUUCCUUACUAAUGAAAAGAUCGAUGCGGCUCGAAAAGCAUUUAACAAGAUCCCGGCAGAUUCGAUUGAAACAGUUAUAUCCGAGUAUCCGAGUAUGGAUUGUACACUUAUGAAUCUUACACUAACUAAUAAUUUAUCGAAAAAAGCGGCUGCGUCGAUAAGAGAAUAUCUUUGUUACAAAACGUACCUUGAUGCUCAAGAAGGUUUCGGUGAAUGGUUCUCUCAUUAUCAUCACGGUAAACCCACGCCACCGGAAGAGUUACCAACGUACGCCACGUUCACGGAAAAAGUUGCGUACGAUCAUAGAAAAACGCAAUACAAUUUAGAAUUAGAAAGAUGGAAAUCUACGAUGCAGCAUCAUACAAAAGCUGUGAAACAAUUAUUAUUUAAUGUUCUAUUAUUCCCUGAUGGCGGUUGGCUUGUCGAUACCAAAAGUAGCGAUUUGAUGGAUGCUACGCCCGAGGAUGAGCUUAGGGACCAUCAGAUGGAAAAACUGCGCGAGCUUUGUAUUCCUAAAAUCACACUUUUGCUAUAUUCGGUAAUGUCCGAAAUGAAUGAGCACGACGGCUGCAUGCAAUUGGCCGACAUACUCGCCUCCGAACAACAUCAGCUAUACAAAGUAUUUUCGAAGGGAAAACUACGUGAAGUAUUCAGAAAGAUUUGCGAAUCUUCUCUCGUCUUAAUGGACCAAAAGAAAGAUCCUUGGGGAUAUCCAAAAUAAUAUUUAAAUAUAUAACAUAUUAACUGUAUAAACCUUUUUUACGUCGUUGCAUUAAAUAUAUAGGCAAUCUUCAUGGUUCCUUUUCUGCUUU